UGCGGCCACAAGAAGAUCCCGCCAAUCAAAAUUCGAGGCGUCGGGGCUGCUGGGGAAACUUUUCGGCCUUGUUCACUCCCUCGUUCACUACGCCCGAAUUUUGUACAAUUCCUCAAUAGUGCAAAGUCUGACAGCGGCGCCUGCACAGACGGCGUCGAUGCUCGUUGCUUGGGUCAACGUCAAGAACGCGUGUUCAACAAUGUUGGGGAAGCGAAAACGAGACGUCGGUGUUGCGACUCGACACCGACUGCGCAGUCCCGACGACCGCGACGGCGACCAGGCUGUCGCAAUUCCCUUCGCGGGCGAUCGAGAUAUCUUCCGCAAAUAUUUCGAAUCUACUUUCGAACCCCUACCAGAAACCGAGACUACAACGCUCCCUCCGCAAGAAACAGGAGGAGAAGAUGACGGUCAGGAAGGGGAUGCUGAGUGUGCUGAGGAAGAGUCGGAGUGGGGGGGUCUUUCAGACUCAGAGCUCGAGGACGCAGCAAUUGAGAUUGUGGAACAUCGCGCAGCGAGUGACCUGGCAGAAGAAGCUGGGGCACGUCGGCAACACUACAAGACAUUCAUGAGUUCCCGCCCCCCAAAAGAGACGGAACGUGCGGCCAGAAGGGGUCCGGUCAAGCAGGCCGAAGAGGAGGACGCCGCUGAGGGCCUUAAUCUCAAACAUGAUCUUGAUCUUCAGCGGCUCCUGAAAGAAUCCCAUCUGCUCGAGCAGGCAAAGGCAUCAUCCACGCUAGGAACCCACCGGCAUAAGGUGGUGGACAUGCGAAUGCAAGCCCUGGGCUCCAAAGGGUCCAUGUUUCAGCAAGAGAAGAUGCCGCUGGCGCAUAGAAGGGGGAUCCUUGCGAAGGCGGCAGACCGGGAAGCCAGCCGAAGAAGGGAGGCCCAGGAGAAUGGCAUCAUCCUGGAGAAGGCCGCGGGUAAAUCCAGGUCCAAAGACUCUCGAAGAGAACGCGGCGUCGACGUCCCUGCUGUGGGCAGAUUUCGAGGAGGCACUUUGACGCUCAGCAAGAAAGAUGUCUUUGAUAUCCAAGGACAGGGCAUUUCUAGACCUCGUGGAAAGAAACGACGACGAUAAUGAUGAGCAUGUGUAUCCCUUUCAGCUGCAGGCUUUCCAAAAGAAGCAAAGGCCCUGUCUUUCCGUGUGUCGUCUACUGUUCAAUCCACACAUGCACAGAAGGCGAGACUGUGUUGGUACCUUUACUUGUCCUCCGUGUUGCUUACCUCGCCGCCAGGCUAGACGUGAAGGUUCCCCCUCUCCGGCGUCCGCUUGUCUGUCAUUGGGGAACAGGGGCGACAUUUGUCAUGGACAAAGUGGCGAUGCCUUCUUGAGGCGAGCUCUUCCUACAGCCAACAUUACAGUCUGAAACGAGUUGCUUCCUCCUCGCUCUGCUCCUCGCGGC